UCUUGAGCAGAAUUAUGGGUGCGCUUGUUUUGUUGCUUGGGGCGUCUGCGUGGGUGGAGUAAUAGCAUUUCUUAUUGGCACCGCUUUGACGCGCACCUCUGACUUAUAAAACUCGCAACCGAAUAUUGUUGACAUAUGAACUUUAGCACCUUAGCUCGUCCUAGCUAAAUAUAAACGCAUCAUGCUGGCGUAAGGGUUCGCUUCGAUGGCUGGUAGCUACACGUGAGCUAAUGUCAACAUUUCCCUCUAACAGUGGACAUUGGAACUCAGACCACAUUGAAGCUUUUUAUUAAUUAUUCUGCUACGAAACCGGGCAGGUAGCGGAUGUUAUUGAGCUAACGCAGCGUUGUCUCGGCUUGCUAAACGUCAGCUAACACGUUAGCGUCGAAAGUAAACGUUGAGCUAAAGUCUCGGUGCCGCUAAUGUCUGACGCUACGGGCGUUUCCCUGCCGGCCGAAUGGGACGACGACGAGCGGAUGAAUUUUAUGUUCUCGGACUUCAACGAGAACCGCGACGUCAACACGACGGACUGGGACAGCAAGAUGGACUUCUGGACGGCUCUGAUCGUUAAGGGCUGCAGGGACCGAGGCUCGGUGUGUGUCAGUCUGCAGGAGCUGAACAAGACCUUCAGGAGGAAAGAGCGAUCCCCGCUGGGCUUAGCGACCGUCAUCCGGUCCAUGGCCAGAUGUGGAAAGAUCCAGAGGGAGUCCGAUUUUGCCGCCAACGUGGACUGUGGCUGGCUGUACUGGGGUGUUGGACUGCUGCUGGUGAAACCUCUGAAAUGGACCUUCUCCACUCUGCUGGGAAGCCAGCGGGUGCCUGUGGAUGCGUCCUUCGUUGUCAUUGAGCUAGUGAAGGAGAAAGCGUCAGAGCUACUCAAGGUGUACAGGAGCAGUGGACUUGCGGGCCGCUCCGUUCUGUCGUUUCAGGAGCUUUGCACGCUGUCCUCUGACGUGUGUGCCGACGAGAGCACCCUGUGCAUGGUCCUCCUGCAACUGCAGAGGGACAAGCAGGUGACGGUUUCGUUGCACGAUGGUGAGAAGAUUGUCAAGUUUUGUCAAGCUGGUCAAAAUAAUGUUUCUCCACUCAGCGAUGUGGACAUGGGCAUCUACCAGCUGCAGCGCAGUGAAAAGCUGCUGGGAGAGCGGGUGGAGAAGCUGGGCGUUGAGGCUGACAAGUGCAAAGAGGAAGCGAGGACACAUCUCCGGGAAGGAAAGAAAUCACAGGCGCUGAGGAGUUUAAAGGGCUGCAAAAGGGUGGAAAAGAGAGCAGACGGCUUGUUUGCCAAACUGGAGUCAAUCCGGGGAAUCCUGGACAGAAUAGCCCAGUCGCAGACCGAUAAGAUGGUUAUGCAAGCGUAUCAGGCCGGAGUGUCGGCUCUGAGACUUUCUCUCAAGGAUGUGACUGUGGAACGUGCUGAGAGUCUUGUGGAUCAAAUACAGGAGUUAUGUGACACUCAAGAUGAGGUGAACCAAACUCUAUCCAGUGGCGUGACCGGCGCAGAUGAAGACAUGGAUGAGUUGGAGGAGGAACUGAAGUCUUUGCUGGACGAGUCAAAACCGGAUUCCGUCUCAAGUUAUCCCCAAGUUCCGACAGGUGGCCUGCGAAUCCCCGGGGAGCCGAGCCCCGCAGGUACUGACGUGCUCAGUUAUCUGCCUGCGGUACCUUGCAGACCCCUGGAUAUUACCGCCGAGCAGCUGGAGGAAGAGUUAAAUCAGUUAACCCUUACAGAUUUAGGCUUUCAGCAGAAGAAAAUGACAUCGCCAGCCAAGAGAUGUGAGCCUGCACAGUGACGGCACAGGCAAACUGGGGAAAGUUCAAAGCCCUGCAUCACCAUAUCUAACUGUAUCUCUUGAGACAGAAAGUACUACGUUAAAACUCAAAAUAUAUCUUUUUUUCUUUCCUAAACUAAAAUGCUUUUCAACUUGAAAGUAUUUAUUUCUGCCAUCAAGAUCUCAAAGAUCUCAAGUCAAAAGUUAAUGCCGGCAAAGUUAAUGCUCUUCUUUUUGGUGUAUUAUUGACAAGUAUGAGAGUGAGUAUAUUUGUUGUGUGUGUUUAUUGAUGUCUUUAAAUAUCCUUUAAUGCACUGUACAGGACUGUCAAUAAGUGGCCUUUUGAAAUGUACAUUUUGAACGUAAAGAUCAAUCAAUUAAUCAAUAAAGUAUAUUUAGUCUCACUGCAGCAUAUGAAGUGAAGUGAAGUGAGUUUAAGCAAAAUACGUUUCCCAUAUAAAGUGUAUUUUAAUCACUGGUCUUGUUUGUAUUUACUUCAGUCACAAAGUUUGAGGCGGACCUAAAAUGAAAGCUUUAUUCCAGGAGUCACGCAAUAUGUAUAUAUUAAUAACAGUGUAAUGUGACUUCUUUCAAAGAAAUUGCAUUUUUGAGACAAACCAUAUUGUAAGCCUUUUUUAACUACAGUUUUCACCAAUAACAUAAUAUUCAUAUCAUGCUAAUUCAUUAAAAAGCAAUAAACUAGUACGUGGGAGCUUCUGAUUAACCUGCAUAAUUACCCUCGCAUGUCUGCUGUCAAUAUUAACUCAUCCUUUUGGAAAUUGUGUACUUUAGAUUCUGGUAGGAGUAUCUCAGGAACUCAAGCACUUUUGGGGGGCUUCUCUAGCCUAAAAUCAGUUGUGCUCAAAACCAUUCUUGAGUCUGUUUUGAUCAUUAAACUAGACAAAUCAAA